GGGUUUCGAUCUGCGAUAAUAUGGCCAGUAGUGACAUCAACACUUUCGCGGCCACCGACAGAUGGACAAAUCCGGGAGCGACCCUCACGGCAGUCACAUUUACCAUCACCAGGAUAUGAAAUUAUACUAUAGCGCCACCGUCGCGAAACGACUCUUCCAGCUCGCCCACCCGCCAGCUCACAGUUUAAUGAAAAUGCGUUUCCUUACAUUCCCGCACAGGCAUGAUAGACAAAAGGAAGAGAAAGAAAAAUGCAGAAAAACACUAUCGCAAUAAAUUAUCUUAUAUGGGGAUCAAGUGUCCAUUGAGGUACCCCGCCAUGAGGUUGCGAUAAGCGGGGUUGACGAUAUCGGAGGUCGAGCCGUGCCCCGUUCUGAUUCCGAAACAACACGGCAUCCGGGGUCUAAAUGCCGGGGCCGAAAACACUCAGCAUCGACGGUCAUCUACUACAAGGAAUAGAAACAUGGCACGAGCCAUGGAAAUCGGCCCUUUUCAAGUGUCCUCUUCUCAUGAGCUUGUCUGAUCUGUAAAAUUUCUCUGGUAGAGUUUGACUGAGACGGCUGAUGACUCAUCCAUAUCAGACUCAGAGCCCCACAUCUCCAGCUCCGAUCUAAUUUUUUCCGUUGACCUCAUCGCGCAAAUCCACUUGCUCACUCACCCCAACACAGUAUCUCACAUCCCUACACGCGAAAAUGAGCGGAAAACCUGCGCUCGGUCUUCUCGGCGGCGGCCAACUCGGCCGCAUGCUUUGCGAAGCCGCAUCCCCCCUCGAAGUCGAAAUCGCCAUACUCGAUGCCCAAGACGCACCCGCCAAGCAAGUCAGCCGCAGCAAGUACCACGUCGACGGCUCCUUCAAGGACGCCCAGAAGAUCAGAGAGCUCGCCAGCAGCUGCAGCGUGCUCAGCGUUGAGACGGAGCAUAUCGAGACUGCUGUUCUGGAGGAGUUGGCUACUGAGGGAAAGGUCGUUGUGUAUCCCUCGUGGAAGACGCUGCGCUUGAUUCAGGAUAAGUUUGAGCAGAAGGAUUAUCUGGGCAAGCAGGGUAUUCCUAUCGCUGAGCAGGUUGCUAUUCAGUCCAAUGGUGCGGAGGAGAUGCGGAAGGCGCUGAAGGAUGUUGCGAGCAAGUUUGGAUUUCCUUAUAUGCUCAAGUCGCGAAAGGAUUCGUAUGAUGGGCGGGGAAACAUCAAGAUUGCUAAUGAUGAGGAUAUCGAGACUGCUGUGAGCGAGUUUGGAAAGCUUCAGUGCUACGCGGAGAAGUACGUACCUUUCCAACGUGAGCUCUCGGUCAUUGUUAUUCGCACAGAGGACACUGAGGGUCGAACAAAGCGUCUGGUGCCGUAUCCUUGCGUGGAGACUGUUCACGAGGACAAUGUCUGCUCGCGGGUCUACAUGCCUCCUCGCGAUACACCCGAUGAGGUAUCCAAGCGUGCGCAAGAGGUUGCUGUCAGUGUUGUUGAGAAGCUCUGGGGACGAGGUGUUUUUGCUGUGGAGAUGUUUGUCACUGACAAGAAUGACAUCCUUGUCAAUGAGAUUGCCCCGCGACCUCACAACUCUGGGCAUCUCACCAUCGAGGCCGUUCCCUACAUGUCACAGUACAAGGCGCAGCUCACAUCCAUUCUCGACGAGCCCCUCCCCGAAAAGCUCGAACCCCAUGUCGCAUCCAGCAUCAUGAUCAACAUCCUCGGCGGCGCCGAACCAGAAUCCCACAUCCCCCUCGUACAAAAGGCCAAGUCCAUGUUCGCCAGCAACAUCGGCGUGUACCCCCAUCUCUAUGGCAAGCAGUCCAAGCCCGGCCGCAAGAUCGGUCACAUUACUCUGACCGGUUUGACCGCCAGCAUCAAGGAACUAGAGGACUAUGCUCAACCUCUUGUCAAGUUGGCAGCUGAUAUGCGACAAGAGCGCAUUCAAGCCAAGAGCAAGAGUCUUCGUCCUGAGCAGGCUGUUACCAAGGCCACUAAGGAUCCUUUGGUUCUGGUUACUAUGGGCUCUGAUUCUGAUCUCCCUGUCCUCAAGGCUGGUCUCGAUAUUCUCACUCAGUUUGGUGUUCCUUGGGAGGUUGACAUUACGUCUGCUCACCGAACACCGGUCAAGAUGGGUGAUGUCGCUACGGCUGCUGCUGAUCGUGGUAUCAAAGUCAUCAUCGCCGCCGCAGGUGGAGCUGCCCAUCUCCCCGGCAUGGUCUCAGCCUACACCCCCCUUCCCGUCAUUGGUGUUCCCGUCAAGGCCACCCACUUGGAUGGAAUGGACUCUCUCUUGAGCAUUGUUCAGAUGCCUCGCGGCGUUCCUACCGCCACCGUCGGCAUCAACAACUCCACCAACGCCGCUCUUCUCGCCAUCCGAAUCUUGGGCGCUUUCGUGCCUGAGUACCUUGAGAAGAUGAGGGCCUACCAAGUUGACAUUGGUGAGCAGGUGAAUGGUAAGGCUACUCGAUUGAGGGAGUCUGAUGUCGAGUCGUACUUGGCUCAAAUGAAGAAAUAAAAAGCGAUUAUAUGAUAAGUUUUAUAGACAAGAAAUAAAAGACCAGUCACGUUUCUAUAAUACCAGCAUAUAUGCGCAUCUCGGAUGGUAGGGAUCAAACAUUUAGCAGAGGCGGGAGCGAUGAAGUCAAUGGCUCA